UUUAUCAAAUAUAUGGUAAGUACAGUAAUUGAUUACAAAGAAAAUUUGUUUUAGUUUUGAAAAUUCUUAUUUUCCUAUACUGGGUCAUCUUCAGAUGGAGAUAUAUAUGCUUUUUAAAAUUGAGAAUUGAUAGUAUAAAUAUCCAAAAUCUCUUCAAGAUUACUCUUGAAAUCAAUAUCAGCAACCAUGAAAAGAUUUUCUGUUUUGUUUCUUCUCCUUCUGCCUCUUUUAGCCUCAUGUACAGAGAAAAAGAGCUAUAUAGUGUACUUUGGAGAGCAUGGGGGAGAGAAAACACAUGAUGAAAUACAACAAACUCAUCUCUCAUAUUUGAACUCAGUGAAAGAAACUGAGGAAGAAGCUAUAGAUUCUCUUAUUUACAGCUACAAGCACAGCAUAAAUGGCUUUGCUGCAUUGCUAACCCAAGAAGAAGCCUCUAAACUCUCCGAGUUGGAAGAAGUGGUUUCAGUGUAUGAAACCAAGCCAGGGAAAUACUCAAAGCAAACUACAAGGUCAUGGGAAUUUGUAGGCUUGGAGGAGGGAGAUCAGAAACAAUUCUCCAAACAUCACACUGUUGGCCAAAGAGAAUUACCAUUGAGAGCUGGAUUCGGCAAAAAUGUCAUAGUGGGUGUCUUGGACAGUGGUGUGUGGCCGGAAUCAAAGAGUUUCAGUGAUGAAGGAAUGGGACCCAUUCCAAAAUCAUGGAAGGGAAUCUGCCAAACUGGGGUAGCUUUUAACUCAUCCCAUUGUAACAAGAAAAUUGUCGGAGCUAGAUACUACAUUAAGGGUUACUUAAAUUACUACAAAAAACUUAAUGCCACCGAGGACUGCAUGUCACCUCGUGACAUGGACGGCCACGGAACUCACACGGCGUCCACAGUUGCCGGAAGGCAGGUGCAUGACGCUGCUGCCUUCGGUGGUUUCGCCAGCGGAACAGCCAAAGGAGGAGCACCGUUAGCACGCCUGGCCAUAUACAAGGCGUGUUGGGCGAUUCCUAAUCAAGAAAAAGCAGAAGGCAACACAUGUUUCGAAGAAGAUAUGCUUGCAGCCAUAGACGACGCCAUAAAGGAUGGAGUCCAUGUAUUAAGCAUGUCCAUUGGCACCAGUGAGCCGAUGCAGUACCGUGAAGAUGGCAUUGCCAUUGGUGCUUUACAUGCUGUAAAAAAAGGCAUCGUAGUUUCUUGUGCUGCUGGUAACUCAGGUCCUGCUCCGAGUACCUUGUCCAACCCUGCUCCUUGGAUUAUUACAGUUGGUGCCAGUAGCGUGGAUCGGGCGUUUUUGGGUCCUGUCGUGCUUGGAAAUGGCAAGAAAAUUAUCGGACAAACUGCGACUCCAUACCAGCUAGACAAAAUGCACCCAUUAGUGUACGCAGCAGAUGUGGCUGCUCCAGGAAUCCCCAAGAAUGAAUCCGACCAAUGUCUCCCUAAUUCCCUUUCUCCAAAAAAGGUAAAGGGUAAGAUAGUGUUGUGCAUAAGAGGGCUUGGAAUGAGAGUUGGAAAAGGCAUGGAGGUGAAAAGGGCUGGUGGUGUUGGUUUUGUCUUAGGAAAUGCUCCACAAAAUGGCAAUGAUAUAUCAGUGGAUGCUCAUGUUCUUCCAGCAACUGCUGUGGUUGACACAGACGCAAUUGAAAUUCUUAACUACAUCAAGUCUACCAAUAAGCCAAAGGCUAUCAUUGGAAAAGGAAAGACUGUGUUACAUUAUUCACCUGCACCUUCCAUGGCGGCAUUCACUAGUAGGGGUCCAAAUGUCAUUGAUCUUAAUAUUCUCAAGCCUGACAUCACAGCACCAGGGAUAAAUAUACUAGCAGCAUGGUCUCGAGGAGAUUCCCCUACAAAAUUGUGGGAUGAUAAUCGAAUCGCUGAUUAUGUCAUUGAGUCAGGAACUUCAAUGGCUUGUCCCCAUGUUUCUGCUGUUGCUGCACUUCUUAGAGCCAUAUAUCCAAAAUGGAGCAGUGCUGCUAUAAGGUCUGCUAUAAUGACUACAGCCUGGAUGAAAAACAACAAGGGUCAGCCUAUAAAAGACCCAUCAGGUAAAAUUGCAGAUCCUUUCCAAUUCGGAUCUGGUCACUUCCGACCAUCCAAGGCAGCAGACCCUGGUCUAGUUUAUGAUGCAUCCUAUGACGACUACGUUGCUUAUCUUUGCAACUAUGGAUAUUCAUUUUUGGGUCAUUAUCAUUGCCCGAAAAAUAAAACGUUGGAGCCGACAUACAACUUGAACUACCCAUCUGUUUCAAUUCCUAAACUGAAUGACACUGUAAUAGUUAAGAGAAGUGUGACGAAUGUUGGUGCUGCCAAGAGUGUCUACUUCUUCACUGCCAAGCCACCUGUGGGAAUUUCCAUUAAAGCCUCGCCGAGUAUUUUGUACUUCAGCAGCGUUGGCCACAAGAGAAGCUUCACUUUAACAGUUGCAGCAAGAGAUGCUCAAACUGCAAAGAAUUAUUACAAGAACGAGUUUGCCUUUGGCUGGUACACUUGGACUGAUAGUUAUCAUUACGUGAGAAGCCCUGUUGCAGUUUCUUUAGCAUAAUUAAGUUUUUAUUUAUUCAUUCUGUUUUAGGAGCCUAUAGCACAUUCAAGAUUUGUCAUCAUUGAAUAAUAAUAAUUUUAGUUUGAUAGCUUGGUUAAA